UUAAAAUUCUGCCGACUCCGGACUCAUCAGUGCUGUUUCAUCCUCUUUAAUGUUGCACUUUUUCAUGUUUUGCUCUUUGGGGCUGACCUUGUAGAAGAAUACUUCCUACGGGCCCUCCCCACUACCUACACUGACAUGAAGAUGCUUGAUGCUAGGGAGAAAGCACGCAAGCUGGACAUGUCCCCUCUGAAAUCCAACAUCUCAAAAGCUUACAUCAUCAGUAGUUCAGAGGCUUGUGCCCACAAAAAGAUCUUCCUACUGGUUCUCACAUUCAGCAACCCCGAAAAUGCAUCAAGGCGCGACACCAUUCGACAAACGUGGGCUAACACAACAGACAUCCGAGGUUAUGGUACCGUUAGCUUGUUCAUUUUAGGGAAGCCUUCUUCAGAAGUCACUCAGUUGGAGGUCAUCAAAGAAUUUCAGGAGCAUCAAGACAUUAUUGAAGGAGCUUUCCUGGAUUCCCCCGAGAACCAGACAUUGAAGACUGUUACCGCAAUGGAAUGGACGGUAACUUUCUGCCCUGGGGCAAGGUUCAUCCUCAAAACCGAUGAGGAGAUGUUUGUUAACCUUGCAAAUUUGGUCGACUACCUGCUGAGCUUGAGAACUCAUCUUGAGGACAUCUAUCUUGGGAGAGUGGUCCACCAAGAGGUGCCCAGUAGAGACCCUCAAAAUCCCAGGUUUGUCCCCCUGCAAUUAUAUUCAGAGAAAUACUACCCUGACUACUGCAGCGCCACAGCAUUUGUCAUUUCACAGGAUGUAGCACGGAUGAUCUAUGUAACGUCUCAUGAAGUUCCUCUUUCGAUGCCUCCUGGAGUCUUUGUGGGAAUAUGUACAAAGAAUGCUGGCGUGACACCUAUUCAUAGCUCUCGGUUUUCUGGGAAGAAACACAUCCAAUAUAACCGGUGCUGCUACAAAUUCAUCUUCACCUCAGCAGUAUCAAGAGAUAGCCAGCUGGUUCAAGAAUGGGAGGAGGUUAGUGAUGGCAAAACUUGCACCUUACUGGAAAACUAUUACGGGCUGGUGUCCUGCAGAGUCAUGACUUACCUAGAUGGAUUUAAAUACCUAAAUGUCGAUGCCCUGCAGAACGAGGCUCUUCAUUUUGCUGAUUAAAUGUUACAACUUCUAAUGGAACUAGUCCAGAGUCCCAAGUUUGA